AUGCGCGUCCUUGUUAAGACCGUUGACGGAAAGAUCCUCACCCUCGACGCCAGCGAAUCCGACUCCAUCGCGACCAUCAAGCAGACCCUCCAGGAGACGCACCACUUCCCGGUCUCGAUGCAGCGCCUAGUCUUCUCCGGCACCGUCCUCAAGGACGAGGCCUCGCUCUCCGAUUGCGCCGUAGACGACGGCGCGACCGUCAACCUCGUGCUCCGACUCCGCAGCAAUGGCCAAUCGAAGAAGCGCUGCUCGUUCAAGACCUGCUCGUCGACGCCUUUGCGGAUCGUCGGCGACUGCUCGUUCUGUGACGGCCACUUCUGCGCCAAGCACCGACUGUUAGAGGACCACAAGUGCACCGGUCUCCAGGACUGCAAGCAGCAGCUGCACGAACGCAACGCCCUCAAGCUGCAGCAGGAGCAGACUGUGGCGAGCAAGGUGUGA